AUCGACGAACCAAGUCGACGAUGGCUGACGGUGGCCUCUGUCGGGCAGCAAAGACAAGGGAAAGAAACAUAAGAGCGAAGGUUAAAAAACCGGAAACAAACAAAAGACAACGGACUGUCGAAGCCACCAUAUUUUCCUGGCUGCGUUUCACGGGCGUCCACUAAAGUCGAGAUUUCAACCAUCUAAAAUGGUGUCUUCAACGGUGACAGAGGUUGCACAAGCCCCAAAACCCAAACCCUCCUUUCCUCUAACUCCAGGUGACUACCAACUAGUAGGUUGGGAUAUGGACACAACCGGCAAAAAAGUAAUAGAUGAAAUCUGUCAGAUAGCCGGCUACACGCCUAAUUCAUCCUAUUCCCGAUACGUAAUGCCGUACAAGAACCUAAAUCCACCAGCUAUGAAAAGACACAACAUGAAAGUCGUAACUAUCGGGAAAUUUCGAGUUUUGAAGGACAUGAAAACCAACAAGGUUUUGAAGACGAAAAGCGAGAUUUCCUCUUUGACAGAAUUUUUAAACUGGCUGGAAUCAAUUAAAAAUGACGAAAAAAAUGGAAUUAUUUUAAUUUAUCACGAACCGAGGAAAGUUAUUCCGGCAAUGCUGAUAGAAUCCUUGAAAAAAUAUAAUCUUCUGGAAAGAUUUAAACACACCGUAAAAGGAUUCGUCAAUGGAUUCAAUGUUGCCAAAAUAAAAUGCGAAAAUUCGAUUAGAGCAUUUUCUUUGAGGACUUUGUCUCGUGUUUUACUGAAUCAAGAAAAGGAACUAGAUAAUGCAAAAGACAGAGCCUGUUUGGCUUUGGAAAUAAUUCAUCAUUUAAAUUCUUUGGAAACUGUGACUGGAAGCGACGGAAACGGAAGUGGCGAUGGUGGCGACAGUGGCACAAAAAGUACUAUAAUAGAAUUUAUUAGUGAAUUUGUUCAACCAGUAGAAAUCGAAGAACAAGAAUAUGCAGAAUUGAAAAUAGUAUUUGAAAGGCAGAAUAAUUUGAGGCCCAUUUUCGGAGUCCUAUUUCGAUUAAAUCGACGGGAACGUCAACAUGCUAGUCCUUUAAGAAGACUACUGGCCGAAGCAGGAAUUGAAUAUUCCCAAUUGCAAGAAGCUUGGAUCAAUGGAAAGAGAGAAGGCCUAGAAAAAUUGCUCAAAGAGAAACUAAUAACAGAAGAUAAGAAAAUGGAGGAUUUGCUUAUAGUACUUGAAGGUCACUUUGAUUCCGACAAAAAACCAAGGUCAAGUUUAUCCCAAGAUUCGAAUAAUUCGAGAAUUAUUGACGACAAGGAAAACAAUAACAAUUACGAUUCUGACCAAGAAAGUCGAGAUUCUACUUUAAAAAGAAAAGCAGAGGCCAAAAUUAGUGCAAUGAUAGCCGAAAAAUGAUGUGAUUAAUCCCUCCAGUACCUUUUAAUUAAUUAGAUCCAAACUAAUUAAACAAAGAAAAGUCAUUCCGUUUAUUUUUAC